AUUUCAGUAUAAUCUGCCCCUCAUAUGUUCCAGGCAGUUUUUUCUUCUUGCAUAAAGGAGUAGAUAAGCUCCUGAAAUUGAGGAGAAGGAAAGGACAGAAAAGUCUCUCACUGCUUUGUUAUAUAAUCCAUCGAAUGAUAGAAUGAAUAUUCCAAAAUUUAAUUUUGUAUAAAAAGUUUUACAUAGAGUUUCCAGAAGACAAUGGAAGAAAUCAAUCAGACCUCAGUGGCUGAGUUCAUCCUCACUGGAUUAAUAGACAAUACAGAGCUCCAAUUUCCCCUAUUUCUCAUCUUCCUAACAGUAUAUUUGGUUACUGUUGUUGGAAAUCUGGGAAUGAUCAUCUUGAUUCUGAUUAGUUCUCAGCUACAUACACCUAUGUAUUAUUUACUCAGUAGCUUGUCUUUUAUUGACUGCUGUCAGUCCACUGUCAUUAUUCCCAAAAUGUUGUUGAGCUUUGUGACAGAGACAAAUGUCAUACUAUACCCAGAAUGCAUAACUCAGUUUUACUUCUUCUGUGCUUUUGCUGUUUCAGAAUGUCACAUGUUGGCUGCAAUGGCAUAUGACCGCUAUGUGGCUAUAUCUAACCCUUUGCUUUAUAAUGUAACCAUGUCCUAUCAAGUCUGUUCAUUGAUGGUAGCUAUGGUGUAUAGUAUUGGCUUAAUCAGUGCCACAACUCACACAAUCUUCCUACUGAGAGUGCUUUUCUGUAAGUCUGAUAUAAUAAACCACUACUUCUGUGAUCUUUUCCCAUUACUUGAGCUAUCUUGCUCUAGUACUUAUAUCAAUGAAGUACUAGCUCUCUCCUUCAGUGCAUUUAAUGUUAUUGUACCAGCUAUCACCAUCCUUAGCUCUUAUGUUUUCAUCAUUGUCAGCAUUCUCCACAUUCAAUCUACUGGAGGCAGAGUCAAAGCCUUUAGCACCUGCAGCUCUCACAUCAUGGCUGUUGCAGUAUUUUUUGGUUCUAUAGCAUUCAUGUAUCUACAGCCAUCUUCAGUCAGCUCCAUUGACCAAGGGAAAGUAUCAUCAGUAUUUUAUACCAUUGUUGUGCCUAUGUUGAAUCCUCUUAUCUAUAGCCUGAGAAAUAAAGAUGUCAGAGUUUCCCUUAAAAAGUUACUACAAAAGAUAAGUUUCCUCAGAACAAAAAUAUAGAUUUCCUUGACAAUAGAGUAUAGAAUGUAAUUUGCAAUUUGGGGUAGGAUAUAAUCUAUAAGCAGCCAUUUAUAACCCUAGAUGCAUGGCUAUUGUUGGUACCUUAUUUUUGGAAGAAAUGUACCAAAGAUGGAAUUGGAUUCUUAGUUUCAGACCCAUGAAGACCUUCUAUUCCUUUGUAUAACCAGAGUUCAUGCAGUGAUAGUAUCUUAUAUCAACUUCAGAAAAUUCUUCAAAGUGUGGUUGGUUACUUUUAGUAUGCAAUGUGUAACUAUGAGAUUUAAGAGAGUAUGGAACUCUAUUAGUAGCAUUUCUCAUUCCUGGGAUACCUAGUCCUAUCAGGUAAGCCCAGCUGCCCUGGGAAUCAUGAUGUUUCCCAGACCUCCAUUGACUAGCCACCUCACAGAUUCCCUCCAUGCAACUCCAUCACAUAUUGUAUUUACCACCAUGCCUCUGUGGGUACAUCCAGCUAUUGGUGACCUGCACCAACCCCUGAGUUCAAUUGUCAUGUCCAAGGAUAGUGAACAGAAGCAUGUCACCAACAUUCAUUAAGGUUACAAGCUCUCCCAAUACUUGUUACAACAGGAAUAUACAGAGACAGCCAGCUUAUUAAAGGCAAGAAUAAGAACACAAACAAACAAACAAACAAACAAACAAAAA